AUGGGGAAGAUUGCAGAUGUUAUUGAGUUCUCCUAUCCUUCUCUAAUUACUGGAGAAAGUCAUGAUAGUAAUAGUUUGCCAGAGGAAUGGAAAUACCUGCCUUUUCUUGCAUUGCCAGAUGGUGCUCACAACUAUCAAGAAGACACAGUGUUUUUCCAUUUGCCACCAAGAAGUGGAGAUCGAAGCACAAUAUAUGGGGUCUCUUGUUAUAGGCAAAUUGAAGCUAAGGCAUUGAAAGUACGGCAAGUAGACAUUACUCGGGAAACAGUACAGAAAAGUGUAUGUGUUCUAAGUCAGCUGCCUCUAUAUGGGCUACUUCAAGCUAAGUUGCAGCUAAUUACGCAUGCCUACUUUGAAGAGAAAGACUUCUCACAAAUUUCAAUUCUUAAGGAACUUUAUGAACACAUGAAUAGCUCACUGGGAGGGGGCUCACUGGAAUGGUCACAAGUUUAUCUCGGCCUGUCCCCACGAGAUCUUGUUCUUCAAUUUAGACACAAGGUUUUAAUUCUUUUUAAGUUGAUUCUUCUAGAAAAAAAGGUUCUGUUUUAUAUCUCUCCAGUUAAUCGGCUGGUGGGAGCAUUAAUGAGUGUCUUAUCACUAUUUCCUGGUAUGAUAGAACAUGGUCUUACUGAUUGCUCACAGUACCGACCAAGAAAAAGCACAUCAGAGGAAGUUGGACAAGAAGUUUCUCCUCCUUCCAGUUACUUUGUUUCUUUGUCCGCUCUGGCACUUUCAAAUGCUAAUUUUGACACAGUUGGGGAAGGCAACCAAGAAAGAGAUACCCAGAGAGCAGAUGUACCUUUAUUUCAAGUUGAGCAUCAAUCUAGUGAAUUACAUGUCUGCCAGGAUCAUGGACAAUAUUGGAAACCUUCUUUACCCACUUCUCCAGAAUCUUCUGAAAGUGACUGGGAAACCUUAGAUCCUAAUCUCCUAGAGGAUCCUAACUUGAAAGGAGGGGAAUGUGAAAUUACUUCAGUAGCAGGACAGACUGAAUUUCUUCCGAAGGAGUCAGUGAUUUCCAAAAGUGUUCCAAUUAUUGUUCAGCCUCAACCUAAUACAGGACAUACAGUCCUUGUACCUGGACUUAUUUCUGGUUUGGAAGAAGAUCAGUAUGGUAUGCCAUUAGCUGUCUUCACUAAGGGAUACCUUUGCUUGCCAUACAUGGCGCUGCAACAGCACCACCUUCUCUCUGAUGUAACAAUCCGCGGUUUUGUUGCAGGAGCCACCAAUAUCCUCUUCCGUCAGCAGAAACAUCUAAGUGAUGCUAUUGUAGAGAUUGAGGAAGCUCUUGUCCAAGUCCAUGAUCCAGACCUUAGAAAAGUCUUAAAUCCUACAACAGCUGACUUGAGAUUUGCAGAUUUCUUAGUGAAGCAUGUAACUGAAAACAGGGAUGAUGUCUUCCUGGAUGGCACUGGCUGGGAAGGAGGGGAUGAAUGGAUUCGAGCCCAAUUUGGGUUAUAUCUCCAUGCCCUACUUGCUGCUACAGUACAGCCAGAUAGUGAGAAAAUAUUGUCUGACUUUGGAACAGCCUUCGUAGCAGCUUGGAAGAAUACUCAUAAUUAUAGAGUGUGGAACAGUAAUAAACACCCAGCCCUUGCAGAAAUAAAUCCUAGUCAUCCAUUCCAAGGACAAUAUUCUGUUUCUGAUGUAAAAUUAAGAUUAUCACAUUCUGUUCAGAACAGUGAACGUGGUAAGAAGAUUGGAAAUGCCAUGGUUACCACUAGUCGAAAUGUUGUGCAGACAGGAAGAGCUGUUGGUCAGUCAGUUGGAGGAGCACUCACCAGUGCAAAAUCAGUAAUGUCUUCAUGGCUUUCUACUUUCACCCAAUCCUCUCAAAGCCCUGGGGAAUAAUUCUUCUGGGCCAAGAUCUUACAUUUCUUUUAAAAAAUCAAAAACCUUUGCUAUAAAAGCAUAGGCACUUGAAUUCAAGCUGCAUGAAGAUGAGCUGCACCACAAGAUAUAAUUUGGCAAAUGUUUUUAUACUCCUUUGCUUUCUUUUUGAACCUUGUUACAGCUUUAUUUUUUAUUUUGGAGGAUGGUGAUCUAUGUCAGUUUAGCUUUUUCAAAUUAAAUUGUUCAGCAUUGUUUUUAAGAGUUGAAUUAUAUUUCAGUAUGGAACAUGAUAGUGCAUAUAGAAAUAAUAUUUCAACAUUUAAUACAUAAAAAUAUAUUCAAUUUGUAUUUGUAAUAUCUUUUCCAUUCUGCAAGUCCAAUGUGCAGAAUUUUUUCCAUCUAUAUGGAAUAUAUUUCCAUAAAUGUGUUACAAAUGGAAGUAAUUGUCAGUGGGGUAAUGUGAAAUUAAUGAAAUUUAAAUUAGUUAACUUUUCACACUGAAUAGUUCUAACUACUGUUUUUGUUAAUGGGAAUGUAAUGCAAUUUCAUGUUAUAUUUAAGUGUCUCAAUCUAAAUACUUCUAACAAAUUAUCUACCUCUCCUCAAUUAAGCUCUUUUUUUCCAUAGCUUCUAUAAUAUUUUCUAGUCAGCAUGUGUUAACUAGGAAUUUGUGCUUCAUCUAUAUACACGUACAUUAUGUUUAACUUCAUUCAAUCAUUUUGGGGGGGAAAAAGUAGUCUCACUGAUGCCUAUGAAAACAUAAUAUGACCCAGUUUAAAAGAAUGACUUAACAAAAUAUUUAUUUUGGGACCAUUUUCAUUUUGAAAUAAUCCCAUUGUCACAAUUGGUCAUUCUCCUUUUCAGAGUUGAUGUAAUGGUAAUGCAUAGAUUGUUAACAAAAAUUAUGACAGCUGUAGGUAGAUUAUUUAUUAGGUUUCUAGACAUCUGAAGAUUAAAAUUACUAGUACAUUAUUUCUUUCUUGGCUGCAUUUGAUCUUGUUUACCAUAAUCAGAUUUUUGUAUUCUGAAUUUAAGAGAAACAUAUGAUUGUAUCUUUCUAAAUAAAUUUAUUUCAAAUAUAUUCCUAGUUACAAUUAAUGUCCACAAUUUCCUUAUAAAGUAGGAAUGAGAAUGCCUGUUAUCAAAUUUGUACUAGCAACAUUCUUGUCUAUUUACUGUGCUGUGUCAGUUCUGAAAUUAGAUAUUUAAUUUCUGCAAUUGCUUUAAUGAUUGGCUAUAUUAUCUGGAGUGAAUGGAAAUUCUAAUUAAAGCUCCAUCAUGAAAACUUGU